GAGUACGAAUGAAAGACUCGUACUUUUCGACGCCCGUCUCUUCUCUUCUCCUUCUUUCCCCAGCCCUAAGGAAGGUAGAUCUCGACGAUGGCCGGAACCCUAGCGGGGCUCCAAGAUCACCUCAAGCUCGCGCGGGAGUACGCUCUUGAGGGCCUCUAUGACACCUCCAUCAUCUUCUUCGAUGGUGCCAUCGCCCAGAUCAACAAGCAUCUGAGCACUCUGGAUGACACUGAAAUUCGUGCAAAAUGGAUGAAUUGUAAGAAGGCUAUUUCCGAGGAGGUUGGCAUUGUCAAACAAUUGGAUGCUGAAUUAAGGGCUUUCAAGGAAAUUCCAGGGACCAGGAGGUCCUCUUCACCCCCGAUAUCUGUUAAAUCCUCCUUUGUUUUCCAACCACUGGAUGAGUACCCAGCUUCUUCAGGUGCCUCGGAUGAUCCAGAUGUUUGGAGACCACCAAGCCGAGACACUCAGAACAGAAGGCCCACAAGGACCACCCAAACUGGCAUGAGGAAGUCCUCUCAAGAUGGUACUUGGGCACGUGGUUCUUCCAGGGCAGGAACUGUUGGGCGUGGUGCUAAGGCCAGCUCGGGUAAAAGUAGUUCAACUGCCAGAUCAUCAGCUGCCAGUGGAAAGAAAGGAAAAUCCAGCUCUAGCAAGCCAGAUGCACAGAAUGGUGAUGCAGAAGAAGCAAAACCAAAAAAGGGACAGUAUGAAGGACCUGAUGCAGACUUGGCUGCAAUGCUUGAAAGGGAUGUCUUGGAGACUAGUCCUGGUGUGAGAUGGGAUGAUGUUGCAGGACUAAGCGAAGCCAAAAGACUCCUAGAGGAAGCUGUAGUUCUUCCUCUCUGGAUGCCCGAGUAUUUUCAGGGGAUUCGACGGCCUUGGAAAGGUGUCCUUAUGUUUGGUCCACCCGGUACCGGAAAGACACUUUUGGCAAAGGCUGUAGCUACAGAAUGCGGUACAACAUUCUUCAAUGUUUCUUCUGCUACACUGGCUUCAAAAUGGCGUGGAGAGAGUGAGAGGAUGGUGCGUUGCCUGUUUGAUCUUGCAAGAGCCUACGCUCCAAGUACAAUUUUUAUCGAUGAAAUUGAUUCUCUGUGCAAUUCUCGGGGGGCUUCAGGUGAGCAUGAGUCAUCUAGAAGAGUGAAGUCUGAACUCCUAGUUCAAAUUGAUGGUGUCAACAAUAGCUCUACUGGUGAAGAUGGUCAAAAGAAAAUAGUGAUGGUUUUGGCGGCUACCAAUUUCCCCUGGGACAUAGAUGAGGCACUUAGGAGGCGGCUGGAAAAGAGGAUUUAUAUACCUCUUCCUAAUUUUGAAAGUCGAAAGGAGCUUAUAAAGAUCAAUUUAAGAACUGUUGAGGUAGCUCCAGAUGUAGACAUCGAUGAAGUAGCCCGUCGAACAGAAGGUUACAGUGGAGAUGAUCUCACGAACGUUUGUCGUGAUGCUUCAUUGAAUGGUAUGAGGCGCAAAAUUGCUGGCAAGACAAGGGAUGAGAUCAAGAACAUGGCAAAAGAAGAGAUCUCAAAGGACCCCGUGGCUAUGUGUGACUUCGAAGAAGCUCUGACAAAAGUCCAGAGGAGUGUUUCUAGUGCUGAUAUAGAACGCCACGAGAAGUGGUUUUCGGAGUUUGGAUCGGCCUAGAGGAGUGUUUCUUGCUCAUUGGCACCACUAUGUUUCCUUGCAAACAAAUAUACUUCCACUCAUCAGCUGUGCAACUACAGAGAAAAAAAAAAAAAAGAAUUGUCGUUCUUUGGCUGUUCUAGUGGUUGUGUGCUUGGGGUAUAUAAAUUGUCAGCUGAUCUGUUUAACGGCUGCUACGUCUAAGCUUCCUCAAGUUGUUGUAGAAAUACCAGACUUGUGUUGGAAAUCUUUAGUUGUGUCGUGGUGGUGGUUUGAUGUUGUACUAUUCAUAACAAGUACAAUGUUGUGUUUCAAUUAUAUUAUUGUUAAAAUACUUUUUCUCAGUGA